UGGCUCCUCCUCCUCCGAGCAUUCCCACCUCCCAGGAGUGGAUUCUCUUCUCCUAAAAGUCACCUCCUCCUCAGAGCGUCACCACUUCCUCCCCCAGUGACCUCCUCUUCAGAGUGCUCCUCACAACAACCCUCCUCAGAACUCUUGUUCCUCGGAGCUCCACCCAGUUCCUCCGGGGCUCCAGAAACCACUUGCCUCUCUGCCAGGCUUCAGAACUGCUACUGUCAAGGCUGGGCUUGAGUCUGCCCCUCCGCUGCGGAAGAGGGGCUGGAGUGAGGACCAAGAAGUGUUUGCAGAGAGCAUAGGGGCAGGCAUGGGGCUGCUGACUGGGGCAGAGCUGUGGUCCGUGGCCAUAUUCUUCGCCAUCUUCCUGCUUCUGGUGGACCUAAUGCAGCGGCGCCACCGCUGGACUGCCCGCUAUCCACCAGGCCCUAUGUCAUUGCCUGUGCUUGGGAACCUGCUGCAGGUGGACUUCCAGAAUAUGCCAGCGGGCUUCCAAAAGCUGCGAUGCCGCUUUGGGGACCUGUUCAGCCUACAGCUGGCCUUUGAGUCAGUGGUUGUCCUAAAUGGACUGACAGCCCUGCGCGAGGCACUGGUGAGACACAGCGAGGACACUGCUGACCGGCCACUACUGCAUACAAAUGACCACGUGGGCUUUGGACCGCGUUCUCAAGGUGUGCUCCAAGCACAGUAUGGGUCUGCCUGGCGUCAGCAGAGGCGCUUCUCUGUGUCCACCUUUCGUCACUUUGGCCUGGGCAAGAAGUCACUGGAGCAGUGGGUGACCGAGGAGGCCAGAUGCCUCUGUGCUGCCUUCACCAACUAUAAUGGACGCCCUUUCAGCCCCAACACUCUAUUGGACAAAGCAGUGUGCAAUGUGAUCGCAUCCCUCCUCUACGCAUGCCGAUUUGAGUAUGAUGAUCCACGCUUCAUCAGGCUUCUGAGCUUAUUGAGAGAUACUAUUGACGAGGAAUCGGGCUUCCUGGCCAUGUUCCUGAAUGUGUUCCCGGUGCUACUGAACAUCCCAGGGCUGCCUGACAAGGUCUUCUCUGGAAAAAAGGCCUUCAUGGCCCUGCAGGAUGAGCUGCUAACUGAGCACAAGAUGACCCGAGACCCUACCCAGCCACCCCGAGACCUGAUUGAUGCCUUCCUGGCUGAGGUGGAGAAGGCCAAAGGAAAACCUGAGAGCAGCUUCAAUGAUGAGAACCUGCGUAUGGUGGUGGCUGAUCUGUUCAUGGCAGGGAUGGUGACCACUUCGAUCACACUGUCCUGGGCCCUGCUGCUCAUGAUCCUGCACCCGGAAGUACAGAGCCAUGUCCAAAAGGAAAUUGAUGAAGUCAUAGGGCAGGCGCGGUGUCCAGAGAUGGCAGACCAGGCCCACAUGCCCUACACCAAUGCUGUCAUUCAUGAGGUGCAGCGAUUUGGUGACAUCCUCCCACUUGGAGCGCCUCACAAGACAUCUCGUGACAUUGAACUGCAGGGCUUCCUUAUUCCUAAGGGGACGACCCUCAUCACCAACCUGUCCUCAGUGCUGAAGGAUGAGACUGUCUGGGAGAAGCCCCUCCACUUCCAUCCUGAGCACUUCCUGGAUGCCCAGGGCCGCUUUGUGAAACAUGAGGCCUUCAUGCCAUUCUCAGCAGGCCGCAGAGCUUGCCUCGGGGAGCCCCUGGCCCGCAUGGAGCUCUUCCUCUUCUUCACUUGCCUCCUGCAGCGCUUUAGCUUCUCCGUGCCUGCUGGACAGCCCCAACCCAGCGAACGUGGGGUCUUCAGGGGUAUGACAGCCCCAUCCCCAUACCAGCUCUGUGCUUUUUCCCGCUAAGAAGAAGGACGAACUCUCACUGCCCUGUUGGGGUCCUAACAUGCAAUAAAUCGUCUUACUCUGAACUAAACUGUCCCCAUGAGAUCUCCAGGCUGGAAUGGGAUCUCGGUAGGCUCCCCUGGAUAUUCACAACUCCCUACUUAUUCUUACAUGACCAUUUGACCCCAAGGAAAGGACUGGUCUUUUGUACUCAGAAAAUGAUACCUACCCCUGCCUCUUCCCCCAGCCCUCACUUUUCUCACCCACAUUGAUAAUGUUUGUACAUAGAUGCCAACACCUGGAAGGAGAGCCAGAAAGGACUGCUGAUAGGUGACGGUGUCAGUUACACAGAAGGGAAGGGCAGGAUUCGUCCUAUUCCCACUUCCACCCGCCACACAGCUGAGGCUAACUAUCACCACUACUGCCUGACUUCCAUGACAUUCCAGAGCUGCAGAGAAGUCAGGGGCUGGAAAUGAUAUGCCAGGUUAAGUGCCCAAGGUUACUCAUAGGGUACCAGCUGCUUCCUUCAAACACUUUAUGGGUGUCCAGAAUGGGUUACCUCCCUAGCUUCUUAGUCACCACUAUGACCCAUCAGGAUUACUGGUGCCCCUGCACAGUGAGAAGGUGAGACAAAGCUUGGCAGAACCAGCAAGCUCGGUGUUGGUACAUGCUCCCAGACUUAGUAGAUCCCCAGACCUUAGCACAACCUUCUCCAUGAUGGAAUUACCAUUCAUGCCAUAAAACUCAGCACACUGACAGCACCUCUUGCCAUAAUGAAAGCAAACACCCAAUCCAUCACAGUUCAUAGUUCUGGGAAAGUCUCUAAAUGCACUAACCUUGCUUUUUGGCUUCUGUAGUUUUGCUUCUGGCUAACUCUUCUUGUUAACUGAUAUGUGUCAAUCCAGGAUAUUCUUUUUUUAAAAAAGAAAAGAAAAGAAAAACGAAGAAAAAAGACAGAAAGCUCACUCUUAGAAAGACUCAGGACUGCACUGGAAUCAGUGUCUAGACAGUUAAUAAAGACUUUCUAUUGUUUUAGA